CAAUUCCUCCUGAGGCUGGGAGCUAUAGGGGAUCAGAGCAGAAUGGGUUGGCUUGCAAAGCUGCUCUCUACCAGCCACCUCAGAGUCAAAACUGCACCUCCUUUCCUGGCUAGCUGGCCCCAGGCAUCAGCUACUUGGCUACUGCAGGUCUAUAAAGCCUUUGGGAAUAAGUAACACCAGCCAAACAGAGGGAUAAGAUGGAGAUCUUGGGUGAAUUUGACAACGAAUCCCCGCUCUACGUCUCUUUCUGCAAGCGGAUUUCCCCAGAGGACUUUGAGAAGCAAUCUUUGACGUACACCCAGAAAUCCCUGCAGGACCUUUACGCCAAAAUGGAGCAGAACCCAGGAAUCUGCGAGUCGAUUGUGCGCAAGAGGAAGAAGCUGGAGAGUGAGGAGGCGGGUAUGGCAUCCUACUUGAAGGCCAAGAUCUCUUCACUGUUCAAACACAGCAACUCAAUGGAAAUGGAGGAGAUCCAAGAAGAGGUGGAACAGCUGAAACGGGAAAUGCAGAAGGCCAGCAACUACGCUUUUGCGGCCAAGAGGGCAUCACAGUUGGAGAGACAGGCAAGGAAGACCAGGCCAGGCCAGGCCAGGCUUCCGGAGCAGGUUAUUGCAGCCAUGCCCAAAGUCUUUGGUCCUUACCCAAAGCAGGCAGAAAGAUUGACGGGUUCUCUGAACGCGGACUUGAAGCAGCCCCACGUUGGCAUACCACCAGUCAAUCAAAAGAGCAGUACAGUCGACCUGUAUCCUGUCAUGCUGAGCCCUGGUGGCUGCCGUUCCUCAUUCCUGGGUAGCAAUGCCUUCAGCAGGGCAAAGCCCUCCACUUUUCCGAGGUAG